AUGGGCGGGAUUCGGAACUAUCAAGUCUGUGCUCGUUGUCGAAAUCAUAACAUUCGUAAUAUUUUGAAAGGUCAUAAAAAGAAUUGUCCGUUCAAGCUGUGCACUUGCGACAAAUGUCUCGUGACAAGGGAUCGUCAAAGUUUCAUAGCAAGGGAAAUUGCGAUGCACAGAUACGAGAUAAAAAAUAAAACUGACAUGGAGAGUGAAACAGUUCAAAGUUUAAAAUUGAACAUAGUUCGAAGUAAAUCAACAGAAGAAAAGUCAUCGUCGUCUAGUUCCGGCGAAUCGGGUGGAGUCGUGGAAAGUGUGAGAAAAUAUAUGAAAAUAAGUGAGAGGAAUGGUGAAGUAAGAAGAGAUCAGUUGUGCUCUCGUUGUCGAAAUCACGGAGAACAUCGGUUACUAAAAGGUCACAAAAAUAUUUGUCCAUUCGCUAAUUGUAUUUGCGACAAAUGUGAGAUUACUUUAAAACGUCGUGAAAUAAUGGCGAAACAGAUUAAAGACUAUAGAAGUAACCGAUUAUCAGAUUCAAUAAUAAGUUCACCGGAAACUGAGACAUCAUCCGAAAUUGACAAUGAUUUUGAUAAGCUAAAUGUCGAACAGUUUGUUGACUAUGAGCCCGUCGAGAAUCGUGACCUUUUCUUCAUGAUUCAAAGUUUGUAUGAAAAAUAUGGAAUUCAAAGCAGUGAAACAAAAAUUCAACUGAUUUAUGCAUUUGCACAUUUGGCGAAAGGAAAUUGGAGUGAAAUAGAAAAAGCUCUUGAGAAAGGUUCCUCCUAUGCUCGAAAAUAUUCUGUUCAACACAACUUGAUUGCUUACCAAAAUAAUACACUGAUGAAUUCACAUAUGUUAUCAUAUGACCCGAAUGCAGUUGCAAGAGUUAAACAACCCGACAACAGUUUUUAAAUGACUUUAAAAUUGAAUUGAAUUAUGAAAUUGUAAACGAAAUAGAAAGAGACGUCAGUGUAAAUUUAAUAAUAUUUACUCAAGUAAAAUCUUUAACUUUUCUCAUUUUGCUCUCUCAACAUCAGAAAUCCUCUUGAAUUGCUGAUCCAAAGGAACAAGUUGUAAUAAUAAUAAUAAUGAUGUAAAUAAAUACUCAAUUUAAAGUUUUAUGGUUUUAAUUUACAAACAAACAUUUUAACUUUUGUUUUUUUCCUUUCCUUGAAGCUGCCUUUAAAAUAUUUAUUAAAAGAAGCUCUUAAAGCUAAAAUAUAUUAGGUUACGAAGGGUCAGAAAGGAAAAUUG